AUGGAGGGGACGGGCAGCUUGGGCACGAAUCAGAUGGACGAUGGUGGUGUACGUGCUCUUGCUUUUGCACUCAACAUGAAUCAUACGCUGACUGGGCUCUCGCUCAAUGGGAAUCAAAUUGGCGAUGCCGGAGCGGAAGCAGCUGCCGAGGCACUCAAAAUGAACACGACACUGACCGAGCUCAGUCUGCACUGCAAUCAGAUUCGUCAUGCCGGAGCGAGCGCGAUUGCGGAGGCGCUCAAGGUGAACAAGUCCUUGAAAGUGCUCAACUUGGAAAUGAAUCAGCUUUUCGAUGACGGAGCAGAGGCGAUUGCUGAGGCACUCAAAGUCAACACAGGGCUGACAAAGCUCUGUUUGGGCAAGAAUAUGAUUGGCAACGCUGGCGCGCAGAAAAUUGCUGAAGCACUCAAAGUGUCGACGCUGCUGAUUCUCGAUCUGCAACAGAAUCAGAUUGCUGCCAGAGCGCAGGCGAUUGCUGAGGCACUCAAAGUGAACACGAAGCUGAAGGAGCUCAAUCUGCACCAGAAUCAGAUUGGCGUUGUUGGAGCGCAAGCGAUCGCUGAGGCACUCAAAGCUAACACGACGCUGACUUCGCUCUUUCUCGCGCGGAAUCAGAUCGGCGAUGCUGGAACGCAGGCGAUUGCUGAGGCCCUGAAAGUGAACACGAGGCUGACCGUGCUCCAUUUGAAUGAGAAUGAGAUUGGCGAUGCUGGAGCGCAGGCAAUUGCUGAGGCACUCACAGUGAACACGAAGCUGGGCGAUCUCUUUCUGAGUGCGAAUCAGAUUGGCGAUGCUGGAGCCCAGGCGAUCGCUGAUACGUUCAAACUGAACCCGAGGCUGGAGUAUAUCACUUUGACGAAGAAUUACAUUGACAAGGUUUGCGCUCAUGCAAUCCAUGCAUGCACGUACAGUGGAAGGGGAGCUUACACUUACCCCCAGAUUAGCCCUCUCGUCAUUUCAACACUUCCACAGUUGGUAACUGCUGACGAUCUUGAGACCGUCUUUUGCUUGCUGACCAGCGGACCAGAUCAGUCCUCAUUUCUACCACCCUUACCAGCCGAGAUUGCCGUCCUCAUUAUGGACGAAGCGCAGUGCUGGCAAGGCGUGCAGCAUACCAAACGAGACUACUUGGGUCCGGACUAUCCUCUCAAAGUCACAGUGCCUCAAAGCGUCAAUGGAGAUUUGACGCGUGUGAAAGCAAUUCAAGUGGUUCGUGACGCCAAGAACCCAUACAAAAGAGUCUGUCACGACGGCGUCUUUGAUUUGAUUGUCCGAGAUGAGCAAGGUGCUGUUCGAUACGAAUGCGCUGCGGAAGCGACUUUUGUCGAUUCUACACUCGUGUCCGCGACGCUCUGGCCAGCGAGUACUCCUAUUAUCAGGCAAAUCCGCGACCCGCAGGGUCUGUGUUAA